GCGAUAAAUAAAAAGUAAUGAGCACGAAGUUUGAUAACCGAUUCAACCAUUUUCUCCGAAUUAAUAUAAUAAUAGCUAUAAAUUAUAAUUAUAUUAUAUUCAUAAUUAUAUAAUAUUCUUUAUACAGUUACAGUUUAAUUUAUUAUAGUUUAUAUACAUAUAUAUAUAUAUGCAUAUUGUUUAAUAUUAGUUCCAACAUCAUGACAAGCUCAUCUUUCGCAUCCUCAAUUACUGGAGAACCAGUUUUAUAUGAGAAUCCAGAAAUUCAACAUAAUGAACAAGUUAAACCAGGUACUAUAGUUAAAUUACCAUUUGGAUAUGGUCCAUUACCAGCAGAAAUUAAGAAUAAAAAGAUCUUUUAUUUUGAUAUUGAUAAUUGCCUUUAUAAACGUUCUACGCGUAUUCAUGAUUUGAUGCAAGUUAAGAUUCAUCAAUACUUUAAAGAUAACUUACAAUUAAAUGAUGAAGAAGCUCAUAAAUUACAUAUGAAUUAUUAUAAGACUUAUGGUUUAGCCAUUGAAGGUUUAGUUCGUAAUCAUAGAGUUGAUGCUUUAGAAUAUAAUUCAAAAGUUGAUGACUCAUUAGAUUUAAAUAGUGUAUUAUCUUAUAAUCCACAAUUAAGAGCCAUGUUAAUAUCAUUAAAAAAUUCACAUAAAUUUGAUUACUUUUGGUUGGUUACUAAUGCAUAUAAGAAUCAUGCCUUAAGAGUAGUAUCUAUAUUAGGAUUAGGUGAUCUCUUUGAUGGAUUAACAUAUUGUGAUUAUUCAAAAUUCCCUAUUAUAUGUAAACCAAUGAAAGAAUUCUUUAUAAAUUGUUUGAAUAAAACUCGAAUUGAUUAUGAAGAUAAAGAAUCCUUAGAUAAACAAUUCUUUAUCGAUGAUAGUGAACUUAAUGUUAAAUCUGCUUUUGAUUUAGGGUUUGGUAAUGUGAUUCAUUUUGUUGAAGUACAAUCAGAGUAUGAAACCUUAAUUCAAAAACCAGAUUAUUCAAAAUACUAUAAAGGUAAUGAAGAUGGAAGAAAGAUCCAUAUUAUUAGAGAUAUUUUAGAUUUACCAGAUGUUUUAUAAGCCAGCAGUGAUAUAUAUAUAAAUCUAUAUAUAUAUAUUAUAUUAUAUAUAGGUAUUGGCUUUUUUCCUGCUUUCAGUUUCUUAAAUAGAGUAAUAGAGUAUUUAGAUGGUUUUCUCUAGUAUACGAAAUCUAGCCUUUUUAACACUU